AUGGCAACCUCACCGCCGAGAAGAACUUUACGAAGUUCGAAUCGAUUAUCCUUAUCUUUGACUCGUAAGAGAGGGAAAACGAAACAAAACUGUUCUCAAACUGUGUCGAAUGCAUCACAAUCGAGUGAAACUUUGCCGAAAUGUGUGGAAAUCCCUGAUAUAUCUAUUGCAAAUCAGGAAGUAUCAGUCACGGAGCAACAAACAAGUGGUUUGAUUUCAGAACCGGUUGGCCAAGAGAAUGCUGCGAGUACCUGCACAAAAUCUGUUAGGAAUGAUAUGUGUUUGCCGGAAACUAUCAUUAUACUAAGUGACGAUGAAAAUAAUAGCGAAACCCCAUCGAAGAGAUCGAUUCGGGAGUACUUUACUCCAUCGAAACAUGCAAGCAAUAGUUCAGAAACGUCGAUGAAUUGGACCACUGGAGGCAAACGCAGCAAAACUGUUAACUCAUCGGUGAAAAAGAAUGGCUCACAAACGGUUCACGGAAAAGAAAUCGGCAAAGUACGUCGUAAGAUAUGUCCCAGCACGAACAUCAAGAUGUUAACAAAGAAAUACUUCGACAACUCGCAAAAACGAAUAACUAACUUUUUCGACAAAGAGGAUGAUCCGGAACGUGUUGGAUAUUGUCGAGUACUGAAAGAAUCGGUAAUGCCAGCGAUCAUCACAGGUGACAUGGAUGUGGAAAAAAUGCUGAAUGUAACAGUAGAUGAAAGUACAGAAAGGUUGAGCUUUUCGCAACACGCUUCACCUUUCACUAUUCCGGAAACAGCUUCCGAGAUGAGCACAUCCCAAAUUAUGGAAAGAAUCGAACGAGUGCAAAGUGAAUGUUACGAUCCUGUACGCGAAGACUGGAACAUGGAACGGGUAGCAUUUCCUGUUGAAGUACCAACAUUGAACAACAAUGAAGAAAUUCUGGAUACCAGGCUGCAUAAGACUGAACCAAUCGAGCGUGCGAGCGGCAUAUUCCAAACACCAAAAAACAAAGUAACACCCGCACCAAAAGCAUCCCGCAGCAAAGAUGCGAUUGGCGGCAGAAGCAAAAGUGGCAAAAAGAUCAUUUGUCCAUCGUACAAAAUCAUUGCUGGAACCAAUUUUGCUGUUGAUGCGUUUCGUUACGGUGAUAUCGAGGGUGUUACGCACUACUUCCUAACGCAUUUUCAUGCAGAUCAUUACAUUGGAUUGAAGAGAACAUUUUCGAAGCCUUUAAUAAUGUCUUCCAUAACGGCUAGGCUUGUAAAGACAUUUAUAAAUGUGAGCGAAGAAUUUUACCGCGUGAUAGAUCUGCAUCAGAGUAUCAUCGUUGAUGGUGUCGAAAUAAUAGCACUGGAUGCUAAUCACUGCCCUGGUGGUAUAAUGUUUUUGUUUCGCUUGCCAAAUGGAAGCAAUAUGCUACAUACGGGAGAUUUCCGAGCAUCUCCCGAAAUGGAAGAGUAUCCAGAGUUUUGGAAUUUCCCGAUCGAUUGCAUCUACCUAGAUACUACGUACCUUUCGUCAAAGUACGCUUUUAAGUCACAGUGGGAAAGCGUUGCGGAUGCCCGAGAAGCUAUAACUGCAUUCCUAAAGAAACAUAUCGGAGAAAAGGUGUUAAUCGUCUGUGGAAGCUAUCUGAUAGGCAAGGAGAAGGUUUGGCUCGAGUUAGCUAUGACAACUAGAAUGAAAGUGUGGACGGAACCAAAUCGAUGUAAAGCGCUAAAAGCGAUAGCAGAUCCCCAAUAUCUGUCAGUGCUUGUGGCAGAUCCACUGAAAGCAGAUAUACACGUGCUGGCCAUGAAAAAACUGUCGUACGAUGAAUUGAACGAAUAUAUGAAUCAGUUUCAUGACCGAUACGAUUGUGUAAUUGCAAUACGGCCUAGUGGGUGGGAGAAAAACAGCAAACCACAGUACCGAGGGCGGAUCAACAUCGUGGGAAUAGAAUAUUCGGAACAUUCGAGUUUUGAUGAGUUGAAACGCUUCGUUCAAUUUAUAAGACCGCGUGAAGUGAUCAGCACGGUGCCAUAUGGAAAUUCCAACCAAAAUCGAACACCAAUAGUGCCUACCUCUUGGUACCAGGGAGAUAUUCGCCCACAAAGGAAAGCUUUGCAGCUAUCCAUAACUAGCUUUAUCACACCCGUGAAAGGAGUUGAUGUAAUUAUGCCAAAUGUAGCAUCCUCCAGCUCACAGAACUGUUCCUUAUCACUGCGGACCAAACUAGAAAAGAAUGUUAACACCGAGAGAAGUACGACCGACGUAGAAGUAAUUGAUGUUAAAGAUAGUGAAGAUGAGGAAGAUUUGAAAUCAGUUCAAAAAUCAGAAAACGGAGAACUAAGCUACGACAGUGAUUGGUUACCAUAGCUCCUGCUCUAGUAAUAAAUUGAUGUUGAGGAUUCUGUAAAGGAACCUGUGUGUGGAAUAAUAAGGCGAACGUAAGCGAUCUUAUAACAUGUAUUUAAAUGUAUGUAGUUAUCCGCUAGUCAUUUUUGGAACGGUAGAAAAUAUGCAAAUCAUUUUUCAUUAACCUUCGAACCUUCAAAUUCGUGGCUGUGCUGCUCUUUACAUCAUUAUACAUGUGACUGAAUCCAAUUAAAUGUUAGUAACGACAUGUGACAAUAAUAGAUAGGAAGUGUUGUUCGGCGGGGUUUUAGUUCGCCCACGCGCAGGAAAUGGCCCUUUAAACGUAGCCUCUACGGAUGGGGAAGCGAACACGAACGCUACGCUCGUUCUUGUCUCCCAAGUCGAAAUGACAACCUUUUCGCUAGUUUGUUCUUCACGAUCGGGAACCUUUGCUGUAAGAGGUGUUCAUAUUGGUUGAUAGGGUUGAUCUGAGUUUUGGUUCGCAUUUCGAGCCGUCUCGUGGUUAAAAGCAACCCGGAAAUUGUUACGUUUAGAUUUGAUAUUCUUGAGCUCUGAAUUGCUAGAGGUUUAUUUCAAUCGCGAGCGUUCUAUGUUUAUUUAACAAAGUUGCUUAAAUUUAACGGUUGCUUACAUUUACAUUUACAAUAUUGUUUCUUGAAAUUAUUAUUGUUUUAGUUUCUGAACGUGAAACAUUGACCUACUUUACGAACAGCGUUUUACGAACGAAUUGGGCGCGUUGGGCGCAUAUGAACUUGCGUCGUAACGGCACAACGAACAAACAAACAAAUUUGUUUCCCCAUGUAGAGCACUGUCACUUACUCGGGCGCUUCAGCGCUUUCGUAGCGGUGAACGCUUUAGCAUUUCUGUAGUGGCAAAUGCAUAUUUUCUUUAUUUAAUGAGAGUAGACUCCGUCUUUCUAGCUACCCGCUUAUGCGUGCGUUGUGUACGCAACAGGAAUUAUAAAAUUUUGAAUUGCAUUUCCCUUGUUAGAAAAGGUGCAUACACGUAAUUCCUUUCUCGUUAUUUAUUUUUUAAAGAAUCUUGCUAGCUGCUUGCAAAUAACUCGAAAUUUAUUUACCAAAAGCUAACAUAACAAUAGCAGCAUAAAUAAUAGCAUAACAAUUGAUCGAAAAAAAUAAUUGUAACUGAUAAUCUUUUUGGAAAAGACGUCGUUAGGAUUAUUACGAAGCUAUAGGAGCGUUUUCAUGAAUUCUUCGAAGUGCUACAUUUCGACGGGGGAUGUGCCA